AUGAAGGCGCCGCCUCAAGGUCGAGCAAAUGCCGCAGCGGCCGACUCUCGCAUGAAAAUAUACACCCUACUCAACCACCCCACUCGCCCUCCACUCACUCAUCCUCCACACCACGACCGCCUUAGUCGCCACCCUAAGCAGCCCACCCAACCAGCACCCUCCUCCUCGCCCCCCACCCCGUCUUCAUGGCUGCACACCAUCUCCAGCGACAUCUUCGCAGCCAGCAUCUUCGCCGACGCAUACAUGUCAGUCAACACCCGCACGCCCCAACCAAGAAACCACAUACUAACAGGCCGCCUCCGCAGCCGCGAAGAAACGCCCACGCCCAGCAGGACUCCGCCCGAGGACCAAGCAAGCGCACGCACGAGCAUGGCUUCCAUCCUCCACAUCCCAACCAGCAGCAGCCAAGCCGCAGCCACAACAACGACGACGACGACGACAAGCCGCCGUCCGCUGAACAGCGACCUCACCCUCACGAGCUCUCCUCCUCCUGCACCAGCACCAGCAAAAACCCCACGCCCAGAGCCCACCCAGCCCGCAAACGCGAGUAGCAACGCUCUUGCACGCGCGUAUGCUGCUCCCUCAACCGCCGAGCCAGAAACGCACGAGUCUCGCAAGCCACGCACGAGGGCCCGUAAGCGCCGCUCGUCGAUGCUGCAUGGUAUUGAUGCCGAGAACAUCAUUGUGAGCCAGCGCCGCACUCGUGCGCGCAAGCUCGCCUUUUCUGCCGGUUGA